AGCAGCGUCGCUUGCUGCGGAAUACAUUCAGUAGGUGUAGUAGUGCAGUUUUGGUUGCAGAUGCAGGUCGUUGAGUGUGUGCGCGAGGUGGGGGGAAAUGGCGAACGGGCGCGGGCGGCGGUGCACCUUGUAAGGAUACAUUAAACUCCCGGAGCGGUGGCAGGCGGUAGCUCGAGGACAGACAGGAGAAGGAGAGGAACCAUGGAGGACUCGGAGCCCGCAGAGGACGGCUUGCUCGCGGGUUUGCGAUGGAACCGGAGUGCACGAGACCAGGCUCAACUCAAACACAAAAUCCGGGAUUUGCCAGGUCUACUCAAGCACGGGCUGCACCUGCGGAAGAAGAGCCAAUCACCUGACACUAUCCCUGGACCGAGCACUGGACCUACAGUACACAAGUCUUGUUCCCAGAGUUUUCCAUGUGCUGCUCGGGCUGUGAGGAAUGCCUUCCUCUCUCAUGGACCAUACCCGGCUAAAGACAAGAUACACCUGGCCAGAAUCAUACGGCGUAGCUACGUGGGUGUGGAGCUGGUGCAGUGGCUGUGUGAGCAGUGUGUGUACGUGCGCUGUCGGACUACUGCUGUGCGUGUCUGGCAGGUUCUGCUGGAGCUUGGAGUCCUGCUGUCUGUGGACCAGCGGGUGGUGUUUUCAGACUCAAACUCUUACUACCAGUUCAUCUUUGAGGAGUGUGACUCCGCCUCCUGUGACUUUCGCUCCAAUGAGGGGGAGUGGUCAGAGGCGGUUAGGCUCCUCCUACAACUUGCCCCGUACGUCCAGUUUCGCUCUGGAGGCGGGGCCAACAGCCCGUCAGAGGAGGACUCUGAAGGCAACAGGGACAUGUGCAGUGAGAUUCUCCAGAUGAAAGCUCUUGAGAGGCUCACUUCUACGGUACAAAAUGAGUUGGCCGCUGCUCUCGCCCGAAAGACUCGCAAGGCUUUGUCAGAGCAGGACUCUGAGACGACAGAGACGAGCCAACAGGAGCCUCGCACACCCAGCGAGGAGAGCAGCCCGCUGGGCGGGGUGUGUGCGCUGCGGGAUGGCGGUGGCAGCGGCGGCGGCGAAGGAAUGGGGAACGUGUGCGGCCGCGAGGAGCUGACCAGCCGGCUGGGGCUGGAGGCCGUUCAGCGGCUGGCCAAGGACGGCUGCCGGCUGCUGCAGAACCACAACUACCGGCUGCCCGACAGGAACCAGGCGGAGGCGGUGGGGAGGGUUUGCCUGAAGGAGAGAGGACGGGACGUAUUGGUGUUGCGGAGAGUGACAUCAUCAGUGACGUCGCCAUCGGACCGGCCCUCACCGACAUCGUCAGGGGGCGGGUCCAGAGAGGAGGAUUGUGACAAGAGGUAUGUGGUGGUGUCGGGGACGCCGCUCAAGAUCUUGGAGCAUCUGCUAAGCGACCUGCGGUUGGACGACCAAAGAGGGGCGCCAGAGAGCAGGGAAAGCGAAAUGCUGCUGGAUGACUUCCUCUUGACCUACCUGGUGUUCAUGUCCACAAAUGACCUCUGUCAGGCUCUACUGGGACACUACAGCAGCGCCCGCUGCAGGGGUCAAGAGGAGGGCAAAGACGCCCUCUUCAGGAAGCGUAAGGUACUGCAGCUGGUCUCCCACUGGAGCAGGCUCUACAAGGACUUCCUGAAGGAAGAGGAGCACGUCAGGAGCUUCAUGAAGACUCUGUACAGGUGUGUUUUAGAAGAUCUCUAUGAGUUCCCUACGCUGGAGAAAGAUCUGAAGGAGUUCCAGAAACUUCUGCGUCGCAGACACACUGUCGAUGACUGCCCUUCAAACCAAAAGAGUAAACAAAUGUAUCAGCAGUUGAGUUUGAAGGAAAACAGUUUGCAACUCCGAAGUCCACCGACUGACACCAGAGAGGUUAUUUGCUGCGUGCACGUGAGCGCUGACUCCUACCUGAGUAUCCACACACACCCCUCACUGGAGGCCCAUGAGCUGCUAAGGAUUGUGGGUCAGAAGAUGGACAGAGCAGAAGAAGACAUGGUGCUUGCUGUGGCAUCUCACACCGGAGAGCGGAGGAUGUUACAGCCCAGUGACUGUGUGUACUCAGAGUCUAUGACCCCACAGGGAAAGCUUGUGGUCUGUCGCAGGGAUCUCACUGAGAUUCUGCCUCCCUUAACGGACAGUGCUGAGCUAAGCAGGAGGCCGGUGCGACUCUUGGGUAUUAACACCUGGGAUGUGGCAGCUGCUCUCACACACCUGGACUGGAGCCUCUUCAAAUCCAUCCACGAGCAAGAGCUGGCGUACUACACCCUCAGCCGUGUUCCGGGUACCGGCCACACGGCGGCGCUCUCUGUCCUGCUCCAGCGCUGUAACGAGGUCCAGCAGUGGGUCAUGUCCGAGGUGCUCAUGUGUGUAUCGCUCAACAAGAGAGUACAGCUGCUCAAAAAGUUCAUCAAGAUCGCAGCUCAUUGUAAAGCCCAAAGAAAUUUGAACUCUGCAUUUGCCAUCAUUAUGGGACUGAACACAGCAGCUGUCAGCCGACUCAACCAAACCUGGGAGAAAUGUCCAGGGAAGUUCAAGAAGAUUUUCUCAGAGUUGGAGCUGAUCACGGAUCCAUCUCUGAACCACAAAGCCUAUAGGGAAGCCUUCAAAAAGAUGAAGCCUCCCAAGAUCCCUUUCAUGCCUCUUCUCCUGAAAGAUAUCACAUUCAUCCAUGAGGGAAAUAAGACCUUCCACGACAACCUCGUCAACUUUGAGAAGCUGCACAUGAUCGCAGACACGGUGAGAAUGAUUCGCCACUGCCAAAGCGACCAGCCAGGCAACGAGGUAAUCGGUGUCGACAGUGCCGAGGUGAGGGCGAGCGUUCACUACCUGCACAUUAUCGACAAUCAACAGACGCUUUUCGAGCUCUCACACAAGCUCGAGCCUCGUGCUUAAAGACGCGCACGCACCCUCUCAUCGACACGCGCACACACACACACACAACACACUGGACACUGAAAUGCUAGCACCAAGUACGUGUCACACGGGAGACGCUCACACAUACACUGCAACACAAUUACACGACCAGCAGUGGUGCCAAGUGAACAAUAAGGUGCCACGUGUUCUGAGGAAACCCAUGAAGACACAGAGCUGCUCUCUGCCUGUUCUCUAAAGACUUUAUAACACUGAAAAUGUGUUUCAUAAAGGAUUUAUGGUCAAAGAAUUCAGGUCCGUUCACGCUCUGUGAAGACGGAUAAUUGCCAAACUGCGACAGACAAGAGGAGGCUGUAAUUAGUUUGUACAGUAUCUAUUGGACUGAAUAUGUUUUUGUGAUGAGCUUUUGGUUAUUUAUGAGCCUGUUUAGCAGGUGGAAUGUUCUUUUAUUUUUUGUCUUUCAAUCCUCGUCCACCCCCACUGGAGGUCAACAAGGACUUGAUGGCCUCUACAUCCGUUGCAAACACAUGUGUUUACAGCCCGAUGGCCACAAUCUGUCACAUCGACGGUCUCGUAUGAUUUCAUGUGCAGACCACAUACCUGCCUCGUGAUGCAUGUAUACCCAGGAUACAUGCCUUUAGUUAUUUAGGUGUAUGAUGUGGAGCUUUUCUUGGUUAUUGUGUGGUAGCAUAUUAUGUAACGCAAGCAGCAGUACAACACUUUAACAUACCUACAGUACACCUUUUUUUUUAACCUUUUCUCACUGAGGCUCCAGCUUUAGACUAGAAGACGUGCGGCCUCAGUGAGGGACAAAAGGUGCAACGUUAACAGUGUCUGGCAUGUGAAGAAAAGCACUGCGAGAGGUUUUUAUGGACUGACUGUGACGUUGGAAACACCAGAGCUCUACUGAACGUGCCAGAGUUCAAAGGCUGUUGGUGAAUAGUGAACAGUUUUUGGUUCUCCUUGUUUCCAUUUUAGAGUCCUGGUUGACUUUUUAGCCAAACACUCAUCAUGCCCUCUUCUCUAUGAUGUUUUU